GGCAUCAAAAAAUAUAUGGACCUGGACCAACCAAACCCCGCCUCACUCUCUGGGAAAUUGCAAAUAAAGAGCCUGUUGACCCAAAUUUGCAACCUAAACAUGAGUAUGGAGGCAACUGCGUCGAGCGGAGGAGGACCGGCGCCGUUCCUUUUAAAGACGUACGAUAUGGUUGAUGACUCAUCCACAGACGAGAUCGUCUCUUGGAGUUCCAACAAGAACAGUUUCGUGGUCUGGAACCCUCCGGAGUUCGCUCGUCUUCUUCUUCCUACCUAUUUCAAACACAACAAUUUUUCUAGCUUCAUUAGACAGCUUAAUACUUACGGAUUCCGAAAAAUUGAUCCGGAGAAAUGGGAAUUUUCAAAUGAAGAUUUUGUCAAAGAUCAAAAGCAUCUUCUUAAAAAUAUUCACCGUAGGAAACCUAUUCACAGCCAUAGUCACCCACAAGGGUCUUCAAUGGAUCCUGAGAGAACAGCAUUUGAGGAAGAAAUUGAGAAGUUAUCAUGUGAGAAAGCUGCACUGGAGUCAAAUAUUUUAAGGGUCAAACAACAGCAGUCAUCAGCAAAGCUUCAGUUAGAAGACAUGACACACAGAGUGGAUACUAUGCAGCAGAGACAGGAUAGUAUAUGGUCCUUCUUGGAGAAAGCUAUUCAGAACCCUUCUUUUGUUGAACAUCUUGCUCGUAAGAUUGAGUCUAUGGAUAUCUCAGCAUAUAAGAAGAAAAGACGAGUGCCGCAAAUUGAUUACUCAAAGACUGUUGAAAGUAGUCUGUUGGACAACAAUAGUAGUUCUCGACCUGAGUUUGCUAAUAUUUUCCACCAAGAUUUCUCAAGCAAGCUGAGACUAGAAUUAUCUCCGGCUGUUUCAGAUAUUAACUUGAUUUCACAUAGCACACAGAGUUCCAAUGAAGAUGGGGGAAGUCCGCAGAGGAAAAUAUCUGAAGGGGACACUAAAGAGGCACAGACAAGAUUAGAAGGCAAUUUAUUUGUGCCUGAAACAUUUGAACUUUCUGAUACUGGGACAUCUUUUACGUUUAAAAAGGAUUCAUUCUUCCCAAGAAAAGCAUCAGCAAAUGACAGCCAGAGGGUUCAUUCCAUGCAGCAGAGAUUGACUUCAAGUGAAGAUGUGGAUGGCCAUCUUUCCUGCCACUUAAACUUAACCUUGGCAUCUUCUCCUUUGCAAGUUAACAAAGGCUUUUAUUCAUCAACAGUAUCCCAACCUAAUCAAGAUAUUGGAAGAGCAGCAGAGUCAAGGUAUAAUUCCAAUGAAAAAGAAUCUGAUACUAGAUCUUUUCCGAAGAACAAGAAUCUGGGUAAUGAGGAUGUGACACUAUCUUAUUCGCAAGAGGCUGCAAAUAAUAAUCCUGGGCCUGUGACUGGCCCAGCUCGAAUAAAUGAUGUAUUCUGGGAACAAUUCCUUACUGAAAGACCUGGUUCUUCAGAUAAUGAAGAGGCAAGUUCUUGUUAUAGGGCAAAUCCACACGAAGAGCAAGAAGAUAGAAGGCCGGGCCAAGGAAUAUCCAGAAAUACUAAGAAUAUAGAACAGCUUACUCUUUGAGCACCGAAGUCAAUAAACCCUGUGGAAGUUUGCAAAAGGAAUGUUUACAGUUUCCUAUGUGCCAUGGUUCUGAAGAUUGCAAUGAUUGCGUGGCCUUAAUUAAUUCUGUGAUUGUCUUCAGAUCCAGCUGUUGGUCUUCCUGAUGUACAUAUUUCUUGUAUUAGAAAUUCUAAUUGAGUUUCUGACUUGAAGUCCAUAUUAAGAUGUCAAACCAUUCUUCCUGAAUAAUUCUUCUAUAUAUGCUACACUGUUUCUGUUACCA